AUGAAGGUAUUGUCCGCAUUUUUACUUACGCUCUGCAUCGGAAUUGCCAAUUCGUUCGCGCAGGAUGGCCCCAUCAUCCGUGACGGUGAGUUUACGUUUCUUCUGGCUCAGAAAGGCGAUGAAUGGAAAGAGCAGGAUCAGAGGAUCGAUGCGAGACUGGAGGAGAUCCGUGCGGCGAAUGACGGCAGACCUCCCAAUAUCCUUUACAUUCUGAUCGACGACGUAAGCUUUGGGCAAAUGGGAAACCGGACCCUCAACUACGUCACUGGUAUCGAGACACCCAACAUCAACGAGCUGGCAGGCGAAGGUCUGUCACUGAUGCGGAUGUACACGGAACCUUCGUGUACCCCCACACGCACGGCCAUGCUGACCGGGCGCCAUCCUGUUCGCGCCGGUGUGGAAGAAGUAAAGGUAGCGUUGGUCGGCGAAGGUCUUUCGGCGGAAGAAGUCACCAUUGCCGAAAUCCUCAAGGAAGUGGGCUACAACACCGCACAUGUCGGCAAGUGGCAUCAGGGCGACAUCGAACAGGCUUAUCCGCACAACCAGGGUUUCGAUUGGGCAGCAUUCCCGUUGCAUCAGCAGGUUCAACUCAGCCUGAUGACCCGGGAAGCUAUGACCGCCAACAACAUGCUCGGAUUUCACGCCUCAGGCCAGAACAACCAGUUCGCCAUCGACCAGCGUUUCAAGCCUUACGGACUGGUAACCGGUGUCGAGGCUGAAGCCGGCGCCAAGGCAAGGGAAGUCGGCAUGGAUCCCGGGGAAGAAUGGACCCAGGCCAAAUACGAGGAGAUGAACGAACGCUACCAGCGUCAGAUCCUCGAACAACUGGAGCGUCUAGCCGGCGAGGAUGCUCCUUUCUUCCUGCAAUACUGGCCGCUCUAUCCACUGAACUUCGUCUAUCCUGAUCAGGCGAUUUCCCGAAAUGGCGGAUUUCAUGCCGACAAGCUCCAACUUCUGGACGGGUGGAUCGGAGAUCUUCUGGCAAGGGUCGACGACCUGGGACUGCGCGACAAUACCAUAGUCGUUCUGAUGGCUGACAAUGGACUGAUGUAUCACUACGAGGGCACAUCCGGUCUCAACCAGCUCAUUUACAGGGGCGGAAAGACCCAACAUCUGGAAGGCGGCGUACGUACUGACGCCUUCAUUCGCUGGCCCGGCGUCAUCGAACCGGGCAAUGCGGCUGGCGACAUCGUUCAUGUGUCUGACCUCUUCACCACGUUUGCCCGUAUAGCCGAUGCCACGGACUAUAUACCGCGCGACCGGGUGAUCGAUGGCCUCGAUCAGACAGCACUGCUCCUGGAAGGCGAAGGCAAUUCGCGCCGGGAUUAUGUUUAUGUUUACGAAGGCACUGUCCUUCGGUCAGUGGUCAAGCAGGAAUUCAAGAUGCAUCUUCCUGCCCCGGGUCAACCCGGCGCCGCGGCACCGGUCUUCAACAUUUACCGCGAUCCGCGCGAAGAACAUCCACAGGUCGGCUAUUCACUUUGGUCCGGUGCCUCUUUCCAGGACAUGGUCAAGCGGCAUCAGUUGACGAUCGCAAAUCAUCCACACCUGCCGCUCGGCAAAGGCGUUCCUUACGAAGGGAUUGAGAACCUGCGUCCCGAGAGCGAGCUCACAAGGGAAGUUUUCGCAAGCUGGCAGUGA